CUCAGAUGAACCCUCUAAUAACAAUCAACCAGAAAGUACCCAAAGUAGCACCAACAUCACUUCCUGCACACCUGGAAGAGAAGGGCACAGACUGCGCAAUCUCACCGUCAAUCCGGCACCAUCUUGGAGAGCCGAGCCGCUAUUUUGGGAAACAGCUCCACAAUCUUGUAGAGCAGGUCCAAACCUGAAUCCCCUACAUCUGGUACCUCUGCCUCUGUCUUGUCAUGGAGAUGUCCCAGAUCCGCCAACCGUGAACCAGUCUCGCACGGUCCCGGACUUCACAGAGUCAACAAAACUGCCCUGA